UUUUAAAUCUGCGGAUUAGAAAUCUUCAGUGCUGCCCUACAUAGCAGUUUCCACGUGAAAAUCCCGGUAAUCCUUUAGUUCACAGUGAUGAAAAGAACACAAACAAACAUUUAUUUGCACUGUUGCACGGGAGUGUGGAGGCAAUUAAAACCAAAAGCUUGUUCUUAUCGCUGCUCGCACUCAAAGUGUGAUGUAGAUGUGGCCCUUCGCAGUGCGGCCGGUGUCAGCUGGCCGACUGGCAGGAGCGAUUCGAAUCGACGUUUCGCUUGUCCCUCUGGCCAGCAUGAGCCAGCUGCCGCUCAGUGCCCUGUUGCCCCUCGGCCACGCUGCCACGCAAACGCUGAAAGUAUGUAAAAAUUGGUGCACGAUGCGGAUGCGGCUGAUGCUGUUGAUGCUGGCGGGGUGGCUGCUGCUGCUCUUCAUCUUGGUGGCAUGCUCCUUCUUUCAAACGCCACCGCCAGCAUCUUCGUCCUUUGAGGAGCAGAUGUUGAGCAAAAGACUGGCACACGCCUUUCGAGACCUUGACAUGCUCAAGAAGCAAAAUGCGGAGCUCAGAAAACUCUUCUCUGAUAUCAAACCCAACAGAGAGUCUUCCAAUGAUCUGCAGGAACGAAUAAAGCAGGCUGACGAUAUAUUGAAAUCGGAGCCGGAACUCAAUCAUUAUGAUACAUUGUCUGCUAAUGGGGAACCAAGCUUGGAAUAUGAAUUGCUUAGAAGAAGGAUUAUUGACGGCACAAAGGAAAUGUGGUACUUUUUUAGCUCUGAGCUGAAAAAGCUGCAGAAGGUAGCUCAAAGCAACCCACAGGUGCUGACUAAAAUCAGUCACAUUCUUGAAACAGGGAUUGAGCACAAGAGGUCUUUGCUGCAUGCUGCGGAGCAGCUGUCAGAAGUGGAUGGUUUUGCAGAUUGGAGGAUAAAAGAGUCGCAGGAUUUGAGCGACUUGUUGCAGAAACGACUGCAUGAUUUGCAGAACCCAAAGGACUGCUCAAGCGCUCGUAAACUAGUCUGCAAUUUAAAUAAAGGGUGUGGAUACGGAUGCCAAAUCCACCACGCUGUUUACUGUUUCAUAGUGGCCUAUGGCACAAAGAGGACAAUGAUCCUGAAAUCAAAAGGCUGGCGGUACCACAAGGCGGGUUUCGAGGAAAUAUUCUUGCCUAUCAGUGAAACAUGCACUUCUUCAGAUGGUGCCACCCACAGCCACUGGCCAGGCCGAAUUGACCAAUUUCUUCAUAAAUACGCAGGCAAGCCAGAGACGCAGGUGGUUGACCUGCCAAUCGUGGACUCUCUGUCGCCGCGUCCGCCGUGGCUCCCGCUGGCCGUGCCGCGGGACCUCGCGCCUCGCCUUUCGCGUCUGCACGGAGACCCAGUGGUGUGGUGGGUCAGCCAGUUCAUGCGCUACCUCUUGCGUCCACAGAGCUCUACUUACAAGAUGCUUGAGGACACGUCACAAAAAUUGGGCUUCCAGAGACCUGUGGUGGGUGUACAUAUAAGAAGGACAGACAAAGUGGGCACAGAAGCUGCAUUCCAUCCACUGGAGGAGUACAUGACUCACGUGGAAGAAUACUUCAAGCAGCUCGAGAUGAGCAAGCCAGUGGAAAAGCGUCGGGUUUACCUGGCCUCUGAUGAUCCAUCUGUAAUCAAAGAUGCCAAAGAAAAAUAUCCCAAUUACCAUUUCUUCGGAGAUGCAGACAUUGCUAAGACUGCUGCGGUUGCAACUCGCUACUCAGACAAUUCCCUCAGUGGAAUUAUCAUUGAUAUACAUUUCCUUUCCAUUUCCGACUAUCUUGUUUGCACUUUUUCGUCUCAAGUCUGUCGAAUCGCAUAUGAAAUAAUGCAAAACCUGCACCCUGACGCAGCUGACCGCUACCGGUCCCUGGACGAUAUCUACUACUACGGAGGACAGGGGUCCCACAACCGAGAGGCCAUCAUGGAGCACAAAGCCACUCGCCAGGAGGAGAUCGACCUGCAGAUCGGGGACAUAGUCGGCGUGGCUGGCAACCACUGGGACGGCUACUCUAAAGGAAAGAACACAAGGACAGGACGAGUCGGUCUCUACCCCUCCUUCAAAGUGAUCGAAAGACCUGAGCUGGCCGACUUCCCGACUUACGAGAAAGAAAAACGCGCCAGUGAAAAUGAUAUUCCAACAGUGUGACGGCACUGGACCCUCACACACUUCUCGACAUUCUCGCUCGCUUCGUAGGUUUUUGCAAGAAUUGAUUCUUUGAUUUGGUUGUGAUAACAUCUUUGUUCAUCUUCUGUUCAAUAGCUCAAACGUUAUUUUAAAAUUCGAGUUUUUAUUCUAUCGUUUCAACUUAAAUUUCCUUGGUGUGUGUGAUGAGAGUGAAAGUAAAAUUGAAAUCCUGUUACGUAAUUCACAUAAUGGUUGAUUCAAGGAAAAUCAAAAUACGCGGACGUUGCGAAUUGAAAACGGGUGCCUGCCAACCAAAGUCAAAGGCACGUAACCUCAAAGACAAUAAGUGUUCGUAUGGAUGUGUGUCUAUGCCUGAAACGCCAAGGAAAGCAUUUUUGUUACAUUUAUAAGUGAUAUUUUAACUCAAUUGGAAAGCAACGUGCAAUUUCAUGUGUUAAUACCAAUAGGUGAAGAAAACCUGAGUCUAGCAAUACAAACUCUGGCUUUCAAUUUUAAGUUCUGUAAACGUAUAUUUGGUCAGUGCACUUGAGAUGUGAAUAAUAAAUUUUUUGUACAUCACUGCUAUUUGAAAA